AUGGGGUUGUUGCUUAUAGGUGUCUUUCAAUUUGCAGAAAAGAUGAAAAUAACAUGUGUACUGUGCCCCACAGUCGAUGAGUACGACGAUGUCCUAUACAUUGCACAGUCAGAGAAUAUUGCUGCACAUGAAAACUGUCUGCUAUUUUCUUCAGCACUUGUGGAAUGUGAGGAUUGGAAUCCCUCUAAUAAAGACAGGAGUUUUGAAGUUGAAUCUGUAAAGAAAGAGAUCCGUAGAGGAAGGAAGUUGAAAUGCACUUUUUGCCGUAAAAAGGGAGCCACCAGGGGAUGUGAUGUAAAAGGCUGUGCAAAGAAUUACCACUUUUUCUGUGCCAAGAAAGACAAUGCAGUUUUCUUGACUGUUGAAUCCCAAGGAACUUAUAAACUAGCAUUGAUAUUCAGCCACCACUGGCUGCUUCACAGUGCAAACUGCCUUUCCAAGUGCAUCAAGAGCACAGAAGAGCCAGCAGAUGACAGGGAAGAACAGCAAGAUGUCACCUGGGUUCAGAGGGACAGUUCUUACUGUGUAAGGGGCAGUGUGAGCUCCAGCUGGUGCUCAGAAUUAGGUGCUCCAGAGACUCUCCUGCUGAAAAACUAUGUCAAAGCUGAUUUUCUUAAGAAAUGUAAGAAGGCAGGUCUUCUUGAUCACUUGUUUGAAGAAAUAUUAGACAAGCUGCAUUUUAUUCAAAAAAGACUAAUGGAUGAGACUGCUUCAGAAUCAGAAUAUGAAGAAAUCGAGACUUCGCUUUUUGACUGCAGAUUGUUCUCAGAUUCAUUUGUAAAAUUUCAAGCAGCAAUAAAAUAGAGAAUAAACUCUCAAUAUAAAGAAAAGCAACAGCAGUUGAAGAAAGAUACUGAGCUCCUUGAGGACCUAAAGCAGACCUUGUGUUCUGCUAAAGAAAACAGUCAUCUGACAUUAAGUCCAACUUCAACAUCUUCUCUAUCUUUGUCUGAGUAACCAUUUUCUCAGUCAGUGAUCCAGGCCUAGUUAUAAGCUGGUAGCCAUCUCAAAACCUGGCCU